AAUCUAUUGGUAUCUUAUAUUCACCGUGUUUAUAAAAAUGGUUAUACAAUAAAUUAAUUAUUAUCCGUAAGAAUGUUAUCUAAUGCAAUUGCUCCUUAAUUUCAUCAAUGGUAAUGCUGAGAUCAUGAAUGAUGAUAUAUCUCUUCAACCUAUAUUAAAAGUAUAGAAACCCAAAUCCAAACCAAGCGUCUCUAUUGUUUGACUUUGAAGUCUAUACCUUAUUCGAUGCAUAUCUUCAUGAGCUAAUAAUUGAACUCUUUGUCUUCCACUCAUAAAAAACACUAUUAAGCACAUUCACACACAAAACCCCUUCCUCACAUUCACCUUUAUAAAUCAAUCCAGACCAAAUAUAAUCUCUCCACAAUUACUCACUCAAAUCCAAAUCCAAAUCCAUGGCUUCAAAUCUCAACAAACUCUCAUGGCUCCCUUUCUUCUUCUUCUUCUUCAUUACCAUUUCCUUUGCGGAGCUUUGCAAUCCAAAUGACAAAAAAGUGCUUCUAAAAAUCAAAAAAGCCUUCAACAAUCCCUACAUUCUCACCUCUUGGGACCCACAAACAGAUUGCUGCCAUUGGUACUGUGUCAAAUGCGAUCGAACUACCCAUCGAAUCAUCUCCCUCACCAUCUUCGCCGACGACCGUCUCACCGGCCAAAUCCCACCCGAAGUCGGCGACCUUCCAUUCCUACAAACCCUUAUGCUCCACAAGCUCCCAAAUCUCACCGGCCCCAUCCAACCCACCAUAGCCAAACUCCAUAACCUCAAAUUUCUCGACCUCAGCUGGAACGGUCUCUCCGGCGAAAUCCCAGAUUCCUUAAGCACUCUAAAAAAUCUCUUCAUUCUUACUCUCUCAUUCAACAAACUCACCGGAAAAAUCCCAAGUUCCCUCUCUGAACUCCCUAGCUUGGGCGGUCUCCGGUUGGAUCGGAACCAAUUAACAGGACAAAUCCCUGACUCCUUCGGCUAUUUCGCCGGAGAACAAGCCCCGGAUUUGAUUCUCUCACACAAUCAACUUUCUGGCAAAAUCCCUUCUUCUUUGUCGAGAUUGAAUUUCACUUCCAUUGAUCUGUCCCGUAACAAACUUGAAGGCGACGCGUUUAUGUUCUUCGGCGCCAACAAGACGAUUCAGAUUCUUGAUUUGUCGAGGAACUUGUUGGAGUUUAAUUUGUCGGAGGUAGUGUUUCCUCAGAGUUUGACUUCGUUGGAUCUUAAUCAUAAUAAGGUGUUUGGGGGUUUGCCGCCGGUGAUGACGGAACUGAAAUUGCAAUAUCUGAAUGUUAGUUAUAAUCGACUUUGUGGACCGAUUCCGGUGGGUGGGAAUUUGCAAAGCUUUGAUUUGUAUUCUUACUUUCAUAAUAAGUGUUUGUGUGGAGCACCGCUUGGGGAUUGCAAAUGAUAGAGAUUGUGGAUGAUUGAUUACAAGGACUUUUCUUCCAUUUCCUAAUUUUAUGAUCUUUAAAUAUUUGACUCCUA